AAUGGAGGAAGAGGUCCAUCAUCGAGAAGCCUGAACAGUGAUAGCAGGGCAGCUCUUUGAGGCACUGCUCCAGGAGACAGCAAACAUGUUGAAGCCAAGUGGACUUAAAAUCCCUGGCAGGGCUGGGAAGCACUCCAGCCCGGUGGGACGGACAUCGGGGACCACUGCUGCUGCUGUCACCACUGGCUCAAAAGAAGGCUCACCUUUACACAAGCAGGGCGCCACCUCCACCGCCAGCGCCGAGAAGUCGGCCUCGAAGGUCGCCGAGGUGGGCGAUGAUUUCCUGGGAGACUUCGUGGUGGGCGAACGCGUCUGGGUCAACGGAGUGAAGCCAGGUGUGAUCCAGUACCUCGGGGAGACGCAGUUCGCUCCGGGCCAGUGGGCAGGGGUGGUUCUGGAUGAGCCGGUGGGCAAGAAUGACGGCUCCGUCGGCGGAGUGCGGUACUUCGAGUGCCAGCCGCUGCAGGGGAUUUUCACGCGACCCUCCAAGCUGACGCGGCAGCCGGUGGCCGAGGGCUCGGGGAGCGACGCCCCCUCCGUGGACUCGCUGACCGCUCAGAACCUGUCGCUGCACUCGGGCACGGCCACGCCGCCCCUCUCCACUCGCGUCAUCCCCCUGCGGGAGAGCGUCCUGAACAGCGCCAUGAAGACGGGCAACGAGUCCGGCUCCAACCUGUCCGACAGCGGCUCCGUGAAGAAAGGGGAGAAGGACUUGCGGCUCGGAGAUCGCGUGCUGGUUGGUGGGACCAAGACAGGAGUUGUGCGCUACGUGGGAGAGACGGACUUUGCCAAAGGAGAGUGGUGUGGUGUGGAGCUGGAUGAGCCCCUGGGGAAGAAUGAUGGGGCAGUGGCUGGGACAAGGUAUUUCCAGUGCCCCCCCAAGUUUGGCCUCUUUGCUCCCAUCCACAAGGUGAUCCGGAUCGGCUUCCCCUCCACCAGCCCUGCCAAGGCCAAGAAGAGCAAGCGGAUGGCCAUGGGAGUGUCUGCCUUGACCCACAGCCCCAGCAGCUCCUCCAUCAGCUCGGUCAGCUCGGUGGCAUCGUCAGUGGGGGGCAGGCCCAGCCGCAGCGGGCUGCUGACAGAGACCUCCUCUCGAUACGCCCGAAAAAUCUCUGGCACCACAGCUCUCCAGGAGGCCCUGAAGGAGAAGCAGCAGCACAUUGAACAGCUGCUGGCAGAGCGUGACCUGGAGCGGGCUGAGGUUGCCAAGGCCACCAGCCACAUCUGCGAGGUGGAGAAAGAGAUUGCCAUCCUGAAGGCUCAGCACGAGCAGUACGUCACAGAGGCAGAAGGCAAUCUCCAGCGGGCACGAGCACUGGUGGAUGGGAUGCAGAAGGAGAAGAUUGAACUAUUGAACCAGCUGGAGGAGGAGAAGAGGAAAGUGGAGGACUUGCAGUUCCGUGUGGAGGAAGAAUCCAUCACAAAGGGGGAUCUGGAGACUCAGACGCAGUUGGAGCAUGCCCGAAUACGGGAGCUCGAGCAGAGCCUGCUGUUUGAGAAGGCACAGGCUGAAAAACUCCUCAGAGAAUUAGAGGACACCAGGCUGACCACGGUGGCGGAGCAGUCCCGAAUCCUGCAGCUGGAGGAGGAGCUGAGCCUGCGGCGCAGCGAGGUGGAUGAGCUGCGGCAGUGCCUCAGGAGCUCUCACCAAGCAGAGACCCCGGAGCACAGCCUCGGCCUGCAGUCAGAGGCUCUUCGCCUGCGAGACCAGCUGCUGUCUGCCAACAAGGAGCAUCAGAAGGAGAGCAGCCAGCUGAAGGAGAAGUAUGAGAAGACGUUAAAGAAGUACCAGCAGGAGAUGGAGAAGCUGAAAUCCGUCAAUGAGAAGUACUCGCAGGAGAUUGUUGACCUAAAGCAUAAAGUUCAGCAAGCCACCAAUGAGAACAUGGGGCUCAUGGACAAUUGGAAGUCCAAGUUGGACACGUUAGCUUCUGACCACCAGAAGUCUCUGGAGGACCUGAAAGCCACUUUGAACACAGGCACUGAUACCCAGCAUAAGGAGAUCGUAGAGCUGAAGGCGGUGGUGGAGAGUAUAAAGAUGGAGCACCAGCUCGAGUUGGAGAACCUGAAAGCAAAACAUGACAUUGAGACGGCUGUUCACAUAAAGGAGAAAGAAAGUCUCAAACUGAAGCUCCAGGAGGCUGUGGAUGAAGUGGAAAAAAGCAACAGCACCUGGAAAAUGCAACUGGAAACCAAAAGCAAUCAGCACCUUCUUGAGCUCCAGGACGCGAAGGACAAGUGCCGAGACGCUGAGCUGAGGGUGCAUGAACUGGAGAAACUUCACAGUGAAUAUACUGAUCAGACAGAAGCAAUAGCUUUCUUGAAAGAGCAGAUUUCUUUGGCUGAGAAGAAGAUGUUUGACUAUGAAACGUUACAGAAAGCAGAAGCCCAGAGCAAACAGGAGAUCCACAGACUGCAGGAAAAAGUGCUUGUCUUAGAGAACAAGUUGCAGUCCAUGGAGGCCCUGCAUCCUUCCCAGCAUGCAAAUAUGAUUGAAACUAAUGAUAUUUCAGAAGAAAAGAUAAAGAUGAAGCAGACCAUGGAAGACCUCCAAGACAAGCUGAGUAAAAGAGACAAAGAGGUGUCAUCACUGGUGUCCCAGACUGAAAGUCUAAGGGCCCAAGUAAGUGCUUUGGAAAACAAAUGCAAAACAGCAGAAAAGAAGGCAGAUUCGGUGUUGAAAGAGAAGAAGAGGCUGGAAGGUGAACUGGAAGCCUUGACCAGGAAAACACAUGAUGCUUCAGGGCAGCUGGUCCUCAUCAGCCAGGAGCUGCUCAAGAAGGAAAGGAGCCUGAACGAGCUGCGGGUGUUGCUGCUGGAGGCGAACCGGCACUCGCCCGGCCCCGAGCGGGACCUGAGCCGGGAAGUGCACAAAGCCGAGUGGCGCCUGAAGGAGCAGAAGCUCAAGGACGACAUCAAGGGGCUGCGAGAGAAACUGGUCGUGCUGGACAAGGAGAAGUCGGUAGGGGACCAGCGGCGAUACUCCCUGAUCGACCCCUCCUCGGAGUCAGAAGUGAUCCGGCUGCAGCACCGCCUCGUCAGCACCGAGGAUGUGCUGCGCAACGCGCUGGAGCAGGGCCACCAGAUGGAGAAGCUCAUGGAGGCGAUGAGGCUCUCCUCAGAGAAAACACAGACUGUUGGAAAUUCUGGGUCUGCUAACGGGAUUCACCAGCAGGACAAAUCCCACAAGCAAGAGGAGAAGCUCUGAUAGAGAAGAGGUGAAGAGGAUCAUUUCAUGCCAGUAUCAGCUCCUGUGCACAGUCAGGAAAAACAAUACCACAUCUGGCUUUAGCACCUCCAAAAGACCAGACACAGUAUUUUCACUUUAAAGCAGGACAAUGUUUAUAAUCUACUAACUGAUGUGAUCAGGACAAUCCUGGAGUCUAGUUUUCCACGACAGCCAUUGUUCCAGGAGGGAGCAGAAAGAUCUCUCUGGGUUUGGUUUCUUACUUGCAUUGGUUUUGACUGUGGAAUUUGUAUGGCUUGAGCUGCCCUUGUCCCACCAGCUGAUGUGGUCCAGAUGACUCCUGCCCUGAACAGUGGCUGAAGUCUCAGCCAGUCCCAGCGGCCCCACAGGAGCUCCAAAGGGAUUUGCUUGUGGUGUUCAGCUCCAAAGGCUGCGCACUCCCCACGUGGCCUGUCCCUUCCCUUCCCCCCAUCCCAGUCUCCUGAAGACCUGCACAAGCAAGAGCAACCUGCUGGGCUGACUGUUGACGCUGGCACAGGUGGGCUGAGGAGGGCAGGGCGUGGGGAAGUGCCUCCCUCCUUGCCUUGGAGGAGAGAUCACAGCUCCAGAGCACGGAGGCUGCACUCAGUGCCGGGGUCGUAGCACGUUGUGGGAAAUAAGCUGGUGGCAGAGGGAUGUUUGUGCUGUUUCUCACUCACUGCUGUUUGGGGAAGGAGCUGUGGUGGCUCUGUGUCAGGGGACAGGCACACCUCGCUCAGGUGUGGCUGCUCUUUCUUCCUGCAGAGAGGUUGCCAAGCAGGCCUGCGGUGCCCUGCGUCACAGCGGGGCUGCCCAGCCUGGUGCCCUCACUUGUUUGUGUUUCAUUAGGUCUUUCCUGAGCACAGGACUCCACAAACAGCUGAAUCUCAGCAUCACCAUGCUGGCUGCAGACAGUGUGGGGCAGAUGCCUUGAGAUGGCUCCCUCCUUGCUCGUUCACAGUGAAUCAGGGAUUGCCUGGAGAGUCUGGGAUUCUCAGCUCUGUCUUUGGCUCUUCACCAUGAUGCCCAUGCCCUCCCACCAAGAAUGGCAGAGGCUAAGGUGCUGCUGUAGCGUCCAUGCAGCAGUGGCUCUCUGUACUCCAUGGGUACAGCAGUCCUCUGUGCAUGACCUGAUUGCAAGCAUCUGAAGCAGAAGGAACCUGAGACUGGAGCCCACACAGCUCUUGUGUCCAGGCCCAGACAAGGCUCUUGUUUGUUCUUCUGGAGGCUUUACCCUUCUCUUUAACUUUACAUCACAGAUCCCAAGGGACAUUAGGGUGGAGGAAGGGGACAAGAUGCUUUUAAAGGUUUGAGAGAGUCCAGUUCAGAUUCACUGCUCAGUACCACAGGGAAUAAUCACAGCAAUAUUUUACUAGGCCUCCUGUAGUUAAGUGCCCAACUCUUCCAGUCUUCAGAAGCUCUUGUGUUAUGAUGGGGCCUGUGAAAGAGGACGAGACAGAAGAGGCAGCUGAGAGAUGGGAUCUGAGCCAGACCACAGGCAGAUGAACCUCAUGGCAUGUCAGCUUCAUUGCUUUUAUGCUCUGAUUUCCUACAAAGCUGUGUUACUUUUUCUUGGUGGUUUGCCAGGCUCCUGCUUCCUUUAGGGAUGGACAGCUAGAGGCAACCUGGGAAAGACUUGGGCUUCAUGGGUGCAGUUCUGCCAUGAGGAGGGCAUUGCUGAAUCGGGGCUAUGAUACAACACUGCUCCCUGGAUGAAGGGUUGGAGAUCUCCCUCCAUUAAAGAGGAAGGUGGCUGCAGGGGAGUAAAGCAGGUCAGAAAGCACAGCUCAAAUCUGGUGCAUAGCAGGGGAAGGCAGAGCUUGGGCCCCAACUGGCUGGGAAUAUUUCAAGUGGGAUCCCAUGCUGCCUUGCAGAAGCAUUUCAUCAGCUCUUACUAACCACCAGGAAGAUUUCAACAUCUCUGCCUGGCUCUGGGGCUUUCCCAAGGGAUCAUAAGGGUGGUCUCCAAAACCCUCCUGGCUCCCCUAAAUGAUUUGGGAAAAUCCCAGAGGGAGUGCUUGUUGUUACAGCCUGUGACAGGGAGUACCUCACUGGGAGCUGUUGUGCCUAAGAACUUAGGGCUGUGUCCCAAAGUGGUCUCUCAAGUCACGUCUACAGUUCCAGCUGGCUUGAGUAGAGCUAACAGAGUACUUUGUGUCCUGCCUGUCUCCAAGUCCAGGGCUUCCUGAGCACCUGUGUGGGGGAGAGCCCUCUUUGGUGUGUACCUUACUUCCCCUGAUAGAUCUUCUAGUGAGUUGUGAGCAGCUGCCUUCACCUACAGAGGAAGGAUACCUGCAUUUUCCACCUCCCUUGACAAACCUUUGGCUCUGCACAGGAUGGGAUCUCCCAGGAGUGGUUAUGAGGACUACAUAUUUGGUUCCAUUAAUCAGAUCCAAAGCUGUCAGAGAGGCAGUGCUUCAGGCUGGAGGAGUCUCUGGCUCCUGCCUCCUUUCUGUGAGCGGCUCAGACCUAUGGCUCUUCCCAGUCAGCUCAGGUGAGAAUGCAGAACAGCAGCAGAUGUGUCAGAGCAGGUUUAAAGUUAGUGCUGAUAGUCUUCUCUGGGUGUAAAUAGCUGUGCUGGUCUCUAAGGAUCAGCCAGGAGCUGAUGGCACUUCUUGUGUGUGGUCUUUGUGCUGCAGGGCUGUACCAAAGUGGGCAGCGAGGCAAAGCCAGGUCCCCUGUGUCCCCACUCUCCUUGGGGUGCAGGUCCAUGGGAGCUGCUCUCCAAAGAGGACUGAGUACAGUGUCAGCAAGACACUGUCACAUGCAUCAUCUGGGUUUCAGCUCAACCCUCUAUAAAGUGGCCAGGAAGGGACUUGGACACCAGCUGUGUCCUCCCUCUCCAAGACUGGCACAGACUUCCUAUGGGCACCAGCCUCUGGUUGCCAUUCUGAGGUUGCAAGAGACCAAACUAGGGACAAACAUGGAAAGGAGGAGGAGGAGAUUCCCCAGCCCCUCUAUUUAUUUGUAAGUUUAAGUGCUAUUUUUGCCUAUGUGGUGGUGUAUAAAGUACUUCACGAUAUUUGGUCUUACUGGCUUGGUUCUUUGGGGGAGAUUUUCAAGGGUGUUGGAGCACUGGUGCACCCAUCUUCUGUUGUGGGUCAAGGGCUGGUUCCUGAUUGUGCCUUCACUCCCACUGUGGCUUCAGCCUUCUUCUUAUCUUGAUCCCUGAAAGCUGGCAGCAGGGGGGCUGUGUUCUCCUCAGUCCCUCUCCCAGCUCGUGUGUGCCACGCUGGUUUUGCAUCUGGAGCCAAGUCCUGAGCAUCGUGCCUCAGAGCACCAGUGCAGGGUGGGGAGCAGGAGGUAGCACUGCUGGAGCCCUGGGCACCAGGGCAAGGACCAGACCCCGGGUGUGCGACCAGCUGCGAUACCCCCACGGUGAGUGAUGCUCUUCUGCUGACAGCUGUUACCCAGUGAAAAACACAAGGCUUUGCAUUGGAGACUGCUCCAUGUUCAGUGCUUUCUUUAACCCUCUAGACCAAAGGGAAAAGAACCUUGGCUGGUGACUCCAGCUGUAGCCCUCCUGCAGCACCCAGAGAGCCGGAGCGAGGGGCGGCAGCGCGCCGGUGCCGUGCUGAGCCCCGGGUGCAAAGUUGCCAGCCAAGGCUUUCCAGCUCUUGCCUGCCCCCACCACCAGCAGUUCCUCUGGCUUGCAGUAGAGAUGCAUGAGGGUUUCAUUCCAGCACAAGGAUGCAAAUGACACUGUAAAAGUCUUACCAGAAAUCCCAGUGCUCUGUGGUUCAGCAGCUUUAGCAGCUCGGCACUAUCUCGUAGGGAGUUAUUAAUAACACUAAGAUCCUAUAGGCCUCAUGUAAGUUACCAGAGUAAAGCUGAUACUAGAUGUAUAAAUGGAUGAUGAUAACCUUUUACCCCCCUACAGUAUGUAUCACAAUUUUGUAGCUUAGUCAUUUUUUGGCUAUCAGAUUUUGUUAGUAUGGUAUAAAAAGAGAAAAUCAGGAGAGGGAAAAAAAAAAGACACA